AUGAGUAAAAUAAAAGAAAGAAAACUUAAUAAAAUUCCUGAAUACCCAUUAAAAAAAGAAACGAAAGAUAAUAAAAUUAAAAAAAUCUUUAAUAAAAAUUUAUUUUCUAUUUCAAAUGGAAAUAAAAAUGGUGUAAAUAUAGAAGAAGAUAAUAUAAUUAACCAAAUAAAAGAAUUAAAUUUAAUAUUACUUGAAAAUAAAGAUGAAAUAAAUAAUCUAAAACAAGAAAAUGAAUCAUUUUCAUCACAAAUUAUAAACUUUAUUAAAAAAUGUAAGGAGUUACAACAUAUAGGAAUAGAAAAGGAAGAAGAGAUUACAAAAUUAAAACAAUCUGAGAAAAAAAUAUUAAUAGAAUUAAAUAAAUUUAAAAAUGAACAAGAAAUAUCAGAGGAAAAAAUUAAAAAUUUAACAAGUAUAGAUAAAAAUAAAAAUAUUCAUAUAUCUGAUUUGAAUGAGCAAAUAAAUGUUUUGAAAAAAAAAUUGGACGAUAAAAAUAGUGAAAUAAAUAUGCUUAAUGAAAACAUUAAAAACUUAAAUCAAAAAAUAAUAAUUCUUCAAAGCGAAAGUACGAAAAAUAAACAGGAUGUAAAUAAUAACUUAAAAAGACAAAAUGAAAUGAAUGAAAAUAUUAAUGCAAAAGAAAGUAAAAUAAAUACUCUAGAAGAAAAAAUUAAAAAAUAUAAUCAACUUAUGAAGGAAAAAAUAGAAGAAAUAGAAAAUUGCAAAAAAAAAAUACAACAACAAAACACAAGAAUAACAUAUCUUAUGGAAAAAAUUCAAAAUUUAGAAAAAGAGAAGAAAAAUGAUAAAGAAAAAAUUAAAAAGAAUAUGGAAUAUAUUAAAAUUUUAAAGAAAAAAAAUAACAAAAGGGAAGAAAAAAAUGAAGAAUAUAAUAUGAUGGAAAAAAAAAAAGAGCAAGAAGAUGCUAUUUUUAACUCACAAUUCUAUAAUCUAAAUAAAAAAAAAAACAAAAAUAAAAAUAAUUUAGAAUAUAAUUUUGUAGUACCAACUAAUGGUUCUAGUAAAAUUAAAGGUGGUAGUAGAAGUAAUAGUAGCAGUAGUAGUAGUAGUAGCGAUGAUGAUGGUGAAAUUGUUAACUUUACCAAUAAGUAUAAUUUAAAUAAAAAACUAAAUAAAGACAUAAACUCGAGAAUAAAUAAAAAUAAAUCAAACGUAAAUAAUAUAAAUGAUGUAAAUAAAAAUGUUCCAUUAAAAAAAAAAAACACAUCAAAAAAUACAAAAUAUUGUGUUAAUCAAGAAAUUGUAAAAAAAUUAAACAAAGAAGACACAUGUUCUAGUUAG